AUGGAAUUCGAAGAAGAUUUUGAUGAUUUAUAUGAAGAAGAUAUGAAUGAAGAAGAAGAAAAAGUAAUACCAUUCUCGAUAGAACUCACUCCAAUAAUCGAAGAUCUCGAAAAAUCUUUAAUGGGCGAUAAAUUUUCAAAUUUUGAUGAUUUUUUAAAAGAUUUAACUAGUCAUGUACCGCAUAGGUGCGACUUCUCUGUAAAUUCAAAAAAUGUCGUCGGAUUUUGUUUGGAUUGUCUUAAAAGAAGAGAUUCAUGUUUAUGCUUAAAAUGCUUUUUCAAUGGUAACCACGAAGGCCACAGAUGUGGUGUACAAAUGCAAUUGGGUGCAUUUUGUGAUUGCGGCAAUUCAAAAUUGUUUAAUCCAGAAUGUUUCUGUCCAGAGCACAAAGAUGCCGAUAACUUCGAUCCAAAUGUUCUGGAUGAGAAUGUUAGAACAAAGCUACAAGAAGGAUUCGAUCAACUACUUCAAAAAUGCGAUUUUGAUUAUCCGAUGGAUUUCGGCUUUUUAUUCGAAUGGAUUAACAAGCUCUGCAAAGCUGGCAACCCAAUUGUUCGACUUUUCAAUCUCAGCUUCAUCGCAAACGUAAAAUUAACAGAUUUCUUCAAUAUUUUGCUUAAUUCGCCAUCUUGGGCCGUAUCUACUUACACGAACCUCUUUUCGAUAUUUAUAUACGACGACGUCUUUAUUGAUCACAUUCUUCCAGUUUAUCUCGAAUUAUUACCAAAAUUUUUCAUUAGUCAGUAUUCCGAACCAUGUCCAGGCUACCAGGAGAUUAUAUCAUCAAACUACAUUAUGGCUGACAUUGAUUCCUUCCGUUCUGUCAUUUCCCAUGGCGUAUUUAACCCUAAAAACUUCGGAAUCGAGUUUUACGAUUUCAUUUUCAAACUUUUCGGAAAUUUAACUUACGAUAAAGAAGCCGAACUUGGCCUCUUUUCAUGGUUGUCCUUUUCUACCGAUAUUCCGAAAUCUCUUUACGAAACAGAGAAAUUAGCUGAAGAUGCUGCAGAUUUUACCUGUAAAGUUCUUGCUUCUUCGGUAAAUAUGCUACUUCAUGGCCAAAUUCAUAAGGAAUUCGGUGAAAAAGUUGAUGAUUUCGAUUUAUAUCAAAUUUGUAACAAAGAUCUUUCAAUUUUCUACGAAGAAAUUGCAGAAUCGAUGAAGGGAGCCAGGAAUCCCGUGGAAGCAAUCACUGUUUUCUAUAAUGAACUUAAAAAAUCCGAAAUUUAUUAUCCGGAAGAGGUUUUAUCGAAAUCUCUGUUUGCGAAUGACUUCACAUUCACAUCCGGAGUGUUCCCAUUCGUUUUAAUUGGUUUGUUCGUCAAAGAAAACGGAAGAAAAAUUAUUGAUGAGUUCUGCUCUCAAAAUAACGUCGAAAAACAGUUGUUUAUCAAGAAUAUGACCUAUCUACCGCUCAGAUUGUUCACUGCGAUCCGUGGUUACAUAAUGAAAUUAUUUGUCCGAAAUGAUAAAGGUGUUCAUAACCUUUUGAAGCAAUUAAUAUCUAUGCCUGAACUCCUUAUCAUGAAAUUCGGUGCUCUGCAAGCUUUAUUUAGCUGUUCUGACGACAAAAACGAUCUUGUCGAAUUUAUCGCGAAAUCGUUUGGAAUUUUCGAUGAAGAUAACGAAAAUAUCGGCUUAGCACGUUUCUACUUCCUUCAAUUCAUCAUUAGCUUGACGACAUGGAACGAAUUUUACUCAAAAAACGUAAUUGAGUGGCGAAACCUUUAUCUUGGCGCGUAUUUAUCAGAGAAUGAUGUACCAACAUCCGAUCUCCGCUACAUUUACCCAGAUGAAGUCGAUGUUGUCGCAGAAAUUAAGAAAUUGCAAGGAAAAGUAGAAAUUGUUAGCAACAGAGGAUUUGCAAGGUCCCAUUUGGAAGACACACACAUGGUCUCUCCGUACGCUCCUUACGAAAACUCUGGAACACUUUUCAGCUCAAUUCAGUAUUUUAUCAACAAAAACAAGAACGAAUUCAUUCCAUAUCCACGCGUUAAGGAUAUGCCAGCGAGGGUAUUGGAUUUUGUAAAUACGAAGUUCAUCAACGCAGUCGUUUUCGAUAUUCUUUAUUCAACUGUCCACAAACUGAAUAACGUUCACCCGUCUUCGAUCCAUUUUGUUAAUACGAUCAUUGGAGAGUAUAUCACUGAAAACGGAAUUGAUUUCCCUGAAUCAGAAGGAUUUUCUGCGGAUAACCUCAAAGAACUUACUCAAAAAGCUCCGGAAUCCCUUAAACAGAUGAUGAAGAUGAAUAUCCAGUACAAGGGAACAACAGAGUCCAUUAUAAACCUAUUGAAACAAGUAGAAACUCCAUGUCAAAAAAUUGUGAGUAUGAUUGGCGAAAAUUCAAAGGCCUCUCAAAAUUCUGACAACAAAGUUGAUAAGGCGAAAGCAGCCGCAAUGCGUGCAAAGAUAUUAUCGCAGAUGAAAACAGAACAAGCAAACUUUAUCGAUAACUUUUCGGACGACGAUAGCGACGAUAGCGACGGUUGUGAAGAUGAAAAAGUCUGUGCUGUUUGCCAGCAAUCGAAUGACUUAUGCUACAUGUUAUAUGUGACACAAUCAUCUAUCUUGAGAUGGAUCGGAGAAACAGAAGGAAAGAUUUUUUACGGCUGCAGACACGCGAUUCACAGAAAAUGCGUUCCUGACGAACAUAAUGCGGUUUGCCCACUUGAUAGGAAGAUGUAUAACAGACUACUACCAAUAUUGAAGAUCCCUAAUGACUGGUCAUUCGAAUAUUCCCCAGUUUCCGAAGAUGAUACAAAAAUUUCAGAAAUUCUUCCAUCAUUAACGGCCAAUAACAUCAAGCAAGUAGAGAUAAGACUCAGAUCACCUGUAAAGAUGUACGAUUUGACUGAUACAAUCGAAUUAAACAGAGCUGCUUUCUAUUUCAUGAGAGUUCAUAAAUUAACGGGUGGAAAGCCUGAAGACAAAGAUGAAUUCUUGGAUUUCGUUAGCGCUUUGGCUAAUUGCGAUGAAAAUCCGGCAGAUAAAAUUAUUGAUGUCGCCAAAAUGAUUAAUAGUACCAAUUUAACAUUCUUCAGACGCGUGCUUGUAUUUGACAACUUAAUAUUCGGUAGAAAGCACCAAAUUUCCUUUGAAGAAGUCAAUAAAAUUUUUAAUACUUCAUUUACGAAAGAAGAUGAGCCAAAACCAUUCGAAUUCAAUUUACCAAACGAAUACUUAAAGCUCUACGCACCGCCGAAGUUCAGUCCAGCUGAUGUCUGCAAAGAAAUGUGGUACAACGUUAUUUCAGGCGAAGUUAUUGAAAGAACUGAUUUUCUGCGUUUCGGCCAGAGUAUUUUCAUUAUUUUGACAGGUUCUGGUGCUUCUGCAACAUUUUUGACGUUUUUCGGAGGAUUUGGAAAAGUCGAUCCUCCUCUUUACUACGCCGAGGACAUGAAGACUGAUAACAUCGGUCUGGAUUCAAUGAUCCCACUUUACUUGAACAAGGAAAAGGUUAACGCUUUGAUUGAUAAUUUAUUUACUGGUGUCUUUGAAACUACUUACGAUUAA